UGUAUUGCAUGUCUGACUAUACGCGACAAAACCAAGACUGGACUAUUACCUGUGAGCACAAUGACUGCGCUGUAUCACACAUUCCUGCUAUUUACAGUCAGUAUGGCUUCUCUGCAGCCACAGAGGUCUUCACGGAGCAAAAGGGGUUUGCUGGAACUAGCUGGCGUGAUCAAGUGCAGCACGGGACGAUCAGCUUUAACUUAUGCGAUGUACGGAUGUUACUGUGGUCUCGGGGGUCAAGGGUGGCCCAGAGACAGAGCAGACUGGUGUUGCCACAAACAUGACUGCUGUUAUGGGGAUGCAGAAUUCGCAGGCUGUCGGACCAAAACGGACAGGUAUCUGUGGACGUGCGAAGAAGAGGAGGCUGACUGUGAUGCGCUUAAUGACAGAUGUGCGAAAAUCCUUUGCCGAUGUGACAGGGAAGCAGCCAGAUGCCUCCGAAAGGCACCAUACAACCAAAAAUAUGCUCUGUGGCCAGAUUUCCUCUGUGGAUGUGUUCAUCCUACCUGCAACAUUUACUAA